AUGUAUACCAAAAAACAUGUUGAGAUGAAAAAUUGCUCUAAAUAUCCACAUGUAACCAUGAACUUUCACACAAGGGUAUUCAGGCACAACCUUGACAGCAAGAUUAAACUUAAUGCCUCUUAUACAUCAGAACAACUUGAGAAUUAUAAGACUGCACUGAAGAACUACCUGAGACACAUUCUCAUCGAGUCCAACAAAGAUGUGUUCUUAAGAGCAAUUGAAGAUUUUAAACUGAUGGUUCAAGAUCAACCUCAGUUUUUGAAAUAUUUUGAGAAGAAAUGGACUAAGAAUGAAGAAUUGUUGCGAAGAUGGGGGCGCCCAUGCGUUAGCCAACAACAUCAGAGAUAUCACAAUCAACUCAAGACAAUCUACUUUGGUCGUGCAUGCAUCAGAAGAUUGAAUCAACUGAUUUUUAUCUUGACAAAUGAUGUGGAGUUCUAUUUUGAACAAGAGGUUGAGCGUAUUCACUUCAACAAUAGUAAGAUGGGUCCCAUUGAUAAUGAGUUAGCAAGAAAUUCUUUUGUUGCUUCAAAAAUCCAAAAUGACAUGCUCCCUUCCAUGAUUCUCAACCCUUUGGGUGAGACUGGUAACAGCAUAGAUGAUUAUAAUGGUGAGUGGCAAAUAAGAUCUUUUGUAACAGAAGAUAAGUGUUUCAUCGAGCAACGGGAGAUAGCAGGAGUGGUAUUGAACCAACAAAACACUGUAAAUGCAAACGAGAACGAAGUUGAGGAAGAAGUAGAGGAGGAAUUAGAGAGUGGAGAUACUGCUGAAGAUAGAGGUAUAUAUGUCUUUGAUGAAAUUGCAGCUUAUUCUGCAACGAUGUAUCAUAGCUUUGAAGAUCUUCAAACUUUGAAGACAAUUUCUGGCUUAGAUCAAACAAAGGCAGAUCUUAUAAAAAGAGCACUCACAGAUGCUGUGAGUUUGAUGGAUGAAUAUAGAAGUGAGAACCCUUCAUAUUUUAGAAACUUGAAUACUCAGAGAAAAUAA